AAGGCAGUCUCUAAAACUGCGUGUGCCGCUCUGAACCUGUUUUGUCUGCAAGCUCCUAGCACCUCCGCCCUCAUGUCCGAUCAGUACGCUUUGACACCGCGUGUGAUUAUCGUUCGCCACGGAGAAACGGAUUGGGCGAAAGAUGGCCGCUUCACUGGCAUUACCGACAGAGAGCUGACGGAGAAGGGCGAGGCGCAAAUAUCUUCUGCAUCGGCGACGCUCGUGGGCGAUGGAAAAGUGAUUGACAUGCGCCGUCUGAGGCAGAUCUACGUCAGCCCAAGGAAGAGAGCGGUGCGGACCGCUGAACUGUUACUGCCACUUGGCUUCAAAUUCGAUUCAGAAGAGGUCGUCUUUACGGAGGACAUUGCGGAGUGGAACUAUGGCCAUUAUGAAGGGCUCAAGGAUAUGGAAAUCAGGCAGCUUAGAAAGGAGAAGGGGCUGGACAAUGAGAGAGAGUGGGAUAUCUGGACAGAUGGAUGUCAGGCCACAGAUGGCAAGUCUGAGGCUGGAGAGUCACCGCAACAAAUCACCGAGCGGCUGGACAGGCUGAUACUCCGCAUCAAAGAAGCCCAGAAGCCUUGCAUGUGUGACGAGACACCUGCUGAUGUCCUUGUUGUCGCGCACGGUUUGAUUCUCCGAGCCUUUGCCAAGCGAUGGAUUGGUUGGCCGCUUGAUCGAGAUCUGCCAAUGGAGAUGCAACCAGGAGGUGUCGCGGUUCUGAGGUAUGUUCUCACCAAACCGAAGAGUCAUUGUAGGCCACCCAUAUGUCAUGCUGACCUGCACGAAACAAGUUACAAACACAACAAUGCUCACAAACCGGCCUUGAACCUCGGUUUGGCCUUGUAGCGACAAAAUGGGUGCAGGUGAGUUUGCUCGUGAUGGAUCUCACUGAAGCACGUAGAUCGAUGAUGGUAGCUAUCGCAGUCUGUGAUGUGAAGUCCUAGGGCCUUCAAGAUGCAUAAAUGCACUUACUAAUGUGGUUCUCCACGUUGAAUGUGGCGCAAAAGCAACGACUCUGUCGCCAAUACACGCCCCUGACCUCACCGCUUAUUUGGCAACAAGAUUCUCGAAUGAGUUCCGCAAGACCUCGUUGUAGUCCUGUCAGGUUGCCUUGAAACCGGCUGACGAGCUGCCGGACGUCUGGCUCGCGACCGUCUUAUCGAUGAGGGUACGAUACUACUACUGUCCUGUUCUGGGGCAUUGAGAGGGGC